GGGGUGAUGUUAUGGAAGAAGUGGGGGCGGGAGGGAGCGGGCGCGGACUGGUGAUGGGGGUGGAGUCGAUCGUGGUGAAGCAUGCGAGAGAGGAGGUUAGCAAGGGGCAUGUCGGGUUCGUGGGCGAGGGCGGUUGCAAGAUCUUUGUGGCAUACUCGCUUGAUGCGGGAGAUGAACGCAAAUUCGGGAAUGACGGUGGUGGGGAGGUGAUGGCGGAGGGAGCAGAUGUAUUGGACAAAGCGGUUCGUGGGACCGGUCUGGCGGAGGUGACAAAAUUGUUUGAGGUAGUCAUCGAUGGUUUUCUAGGGGCGGAAGGUGGCAAUGAGAAGGUUGGCCCAUUGGAGAAAGGAGUGACGCGGUCCUCCGGAGGCGCGACGGUUGCUGACUUCGGCCAUCCACCAUUUGGCGGCAUUGCCGAGGAGGCGGGAGGUGGCGAUGGGAAGCCAGUGGACAAGGGGCAUGUGGUGGAGCUUGAAAGAGUUCUAGAGCUGGGUAAGGAAGAGGAAAACAUCCUCAUGGGGAAGGCCGGAGAAGGGCAUGAUGUCGGCGGAUCGGAAGGAACGGGGAAUUUCCCCUUCGCGGGAAACGAUCCGGGCGAGGGCGUUGAAGCUGGUAGUGUCGUAGCAGGUGCAAUCGAAUUGGCUGUUGUCAUCAAGGAGGUAGUUGGGGGGAAGUUGUGGCAUUGCGGGGUAAACCCCGGAGGUGACUUGGGAAUAGGUGGGACGAGGGUGGGGAUGGUGGAGGUCGUCAUGAUGGGUUGUGAGAUAGUAUGGGAGUGCUGGGGGGGAAGAGGGUUGACGUGGUUAGGCAAGGAAUGCGGCGGUGUGCUGGAAGCGCCGGAUGAGGGGGGGGGGGGGGGGGAGGAGGCAGAGGUGGUGGAUGUGGUGGUAGAGGUAGUAGGAGUGGAGGAGGUCGACGGGGGUGUGUGGCUGGAGGCGGUUGUGGACGUGGGGGUGGUGGUGGUGACCACCUGGAUGGAGGGGGUAGUGGUUUGGGACUCGAGGGCGGUGGAUGUGGGCACGGUCGUAGAGGUCACACGAUUGGAUAGGUCAGAGAUAGUGAUUUCAAUUUUGGUGAUGGACCCGUGGAUGUCCGUUUGGAAAGAGGACAUCAUGCGAAUGAGGGUGGCGAUAUCGGUGGCAACGGGCUCGGAUCUUUGUUCGCCCAUAAGUUCGCGAGCGAGGCUGUCAACAGACUGGGUGUUGACGGUGGUCAUAUUGAUGCUGGAGGAUUGGGCCAUGUUGGGGGAAGAUGGAGUGGAUGCGGUGGCUGAGGCGACGGCUGCGGAUGAGCUCGAGGCAGACGCGGCGACAGCGGCAGCGGCUGCUCGUUGGGAGGUCUUGGUUUGGCGUGGUGGCAUGUGGAGAUUUGGGAGUGGCAAGGGGUGGGGGUGGGGAGGGUAUUUAUAGCAUUAAUUGAUUUAUUCAAAACUAAGUAAAGGUAUUUGCCAAAAAAAUAAAUGAAUAAAAUGGGAAUUA